AUGAAGAGUCUCCUCAGCGUCCAAAUCGCAGUUGCUGCGACGCUCGCCUGCCAUGCAGCGGCUCGUCUCACGACCGGAGAGAACUCAACCCACCUGACCCUCACAAACGACCGCCUCUCCGUCGUCCUCACGAAAUCCAGCGGCCACAUCACCGACCUCACCCUCGACGGCCAAGACCUCCUGGGUCCUCUGAACGGCAACCGCGGCAAGGGUCCCUACCUCGACUGCUCAUGCACGCCCUCAGGCUUCUGGACGCCAGGCGGAACGGCCUCGCUGCAACUCAUCAAUGGCACCGAUUCCACCGGAACCCCGUUCGGCGGGCUCAUCAUGUCCGACAAGUUCGCCGCGACAAACCAGACACUGUCGCAGUACUUCUUCCUCCGCGGCGAAGAAACCGGGCUACACGCCUUCUCGCGUCUGACGUACUUCAACGAAAGCAAGCCUCUGCUCCGCGAUCUGGGCGAGCUGCGCACGCUGUUCAGACCUAACACGCCGCUUUGGACGCAUUUCUCCACUAGCGACGGCAACUUUGGACCGCUGCCGAAGGACGCCACAUUUUCCCAGGCCGUGACGGUGCAAGAUGCCACGACGUACGUCGGUGGAGUGCCCGAUGAUUCGUACACGGAGCAGUACUCGGACUACUUCACCAAAUACACACUAUCAGAAUCCUGGCGCAACCACGACGUCCACGGACAGUUCAGCGACGGCUCGACGAGUGCCGAUGGGAGCACGUUCGGCGCGUGGCUCGUCCACAACACGAUGGAGACGUAUUAUGGAGGGCCGCUUCACUCGGACUUGGUUGUUGAUGGUAUCGUCUAUAAUUACAUGGUAUCAGGCCACCACGGCGCGCCGAUGCCGAACAUCACUCAUGGCUUCGAUCGUACCUGGGGCCCGCAGUUUUAUUAUUUCAACAAGGGCGCUCCGGAGGCAACUAUGGCCGAGUUGAGGGCUGAUGCGGUUCAGUUUGCCGACGCGGAAUGGGAUGAGGCUAUGAACUUCAUCCCGUCGGCGCAGCGGACUGUGUUUGAGGGGACUGUCAAGCUUCCCGAGGGUGCGAAACGACCAAUCAUUGUCUUGUCGGAGAACAAGCAGGACUUUCAACUCAACGUCUUCAACACAAAGUCUCUUCAAUACUGGGCUGAGAUCGACGAGAGCGGGAGUUUCAGAGUACCCCGCGUCGCUGAAGGAACCUACAGAGUCACCGUCUACGCAGAUGGGGUGUUUGGAUGGUACAUCCAAGACGACGUCGAAAUCACCAAAGACACUGCGACGACCAAGCCGACAUUCGAAUGGAAAGAGGAGAGUGCGGGCGAAGAAGUCUGGCGGAUCGGCGUCCCCGACAAGUCUUCGGGAGAAUACCUCCACGGAUACGCCCCGGAUACCUCCAAGCCUCUUCAACCAGAACAGUAUCGCAUCUACUGGGGCAAGUACGACUACGAGAAAGACUUCCCCGAGGGCGUAAACUUCCAAGUCGGCCAGAGCGACGAGGCGCAGGACUUGAACUACAUCCACUGGGCAUUCUUCCCCGCCAAGGGCAACCACCUCCGGGAGGAUAACUACUACGACAACGUGAACAACUGGACCAUCACCUUCGACCUGACAAAAGACAAGCUGGACGCCGCCAAGACAGCCACUUUCACGGUGCAGAUUGCCGGGACCAAGACGGCGAACGGGAAUGCCAAGUGGACUGUGUCGGGCCAUCCGUACAGCAACCUGCCGUGGACGGUGAACUUCAACAACCUGUAUGAGUCAACGUGGGUGAUUCCGUACUGGCGUAGCGGAUCGUGUGGCGUGCGGAGCGCUGUCGCGUGUCAGAAUAUCGAGAACAAGUUCACUUUCUCUACGGAGGCGCUGAAGGAGGGGCGGAACGAGCUGACCUUGAGUCUGCCGUUCAACGCCAGCAGUGUGGAGACUGCGCUUUUGCCGGAUGCUCUGUAUGUGCAGUAUGACGCGCUUAGACUGGAGCUGGCCUAG